AUGCGCAGCCUCGCAGCCUCGUGGAUCACGGCGUUGAUGGUUCGUGUCGGAUGGGCAGCGUCUGUUUGUCAGUUCGCUAAAUUACCUAGAAUCUCUUUCAACCCUGCUAAGAAGAGUGGUAGAAAAGUUACAAUUAAUGAUCAACUUCGCAAGAGAAGAGCAAAAGGAAAGCAUAUUGAUAUAAAGUUCCCUAAAGAAUUUGCAAAAGUGUGUGGAGAACAUGCUAGUUUAUUUAAAAGUGAGAUAACAGUUCUGGUUAUUAUUGCAUUCAGUGGCUGGUUAUUACAAUAUAUCUUUGCUGUACAGCAAAAGUGCCAUGAGACAAAAAAGGAGCAACCAGGAAAGCAAGAGAUGGGGUCCAAAGUAGGAACUAGAUCAAUUGCUCAAAUCGCUUACGAUCUGCGAGACCCAGAAACUGGUGAAUGGCCUACUGCUAUGCAAGUUUGGAGGGCUACAUAUCAAAAGGCUGAUGGGACAUGGCCCAUUCCAACGGGUGAAGAAAUAAUGACUAAACUACAUGAAGCUGCUGGGAUACAUCAAGAAAAGAUUUCUUCUACGCCCGUGCUAAUAGUGGAGCACUUUGCACUAGUUCUUGGUCAAAAGCUAAACCAUUCACGUGGUGUUGGCAUUCGUGCUGUAAACUGA